AACGUAUAUAAAUUACUAUCGUACCUGUUUUCCCAUAACAUUUUUACUCUUACCAAGGACCAGAAGCUAAAUUUGAGACAAGCUCACAUCCCACAAGCCACAACACUAAGAAACUGAACAUUAAUAUUUCUAUACAUCAGCCAGAAAUAUUCUAUCCAACCUAAAAACACAAGCAUGGUUGCUUCCAUUGUUAUUGAUCAUGGAUCAUAUAUGUGUAAAGCUGGUUUUGGAGGUGAUUAUGAAGAAAGAAAAGUGAUUCCUACAGUUGUUGGUUAUCCUAAACAAAAGAAAAAUUCUGGACCAAACCCCGAAUUCUUUGUUGGAGGGAAAGCUGAAAAGUAUAAAACUGUCCUUAAUUUGCAGAAUCCCAUUAAACAUGGUCUUAUUACUGACUGGGGUAAUAUGGAGAGGAUCUGGCAACAUACAUUCGACGAGUUGAACGUUGCAGCCGAAGACUAUGCUGUCUUGUUGACUGAGCCUGUCAGUAACUCUGAAACAAACAGAGCGAAUAUGGUUGAAAUUAUGUUUGAAAAGUUUCAAGUUCGUGCAGUAAUGGUGGCUAAUCAAGCUGCUUUGUCCCUCUUUGAUUCUGGCCGUGUCACAGGUAUUUCUGUGAAUGUAGGCCAUGGUAUCACCCAAGUUGUCCCUAUUUAUGGAGCUUCAACUAUAAAAGGAGCUACUUUCUGCCAGCAUCAGAAUAUUACUGGUCUUGCCUUGAGAGAUAACCUUAAAAAUAUCUUGACUGAACGUGGCUACAUGUAUGGUGACUCAAUGUCAGAGAAAAGAACGUUAAAUGUCAUCAAAGAGAAGCUCUGCUAUGUUGCUCUAGACUUUGAACAAGAAAUGCAGGCAGCAAAGUCUUCUAAAGAUUUGGAAAAGAGUCAUGAACAAUCUGAUGGACAAAUCAUUACUAUUGGCAAUGAACGAUUUCGAGUCCCAGAAGCUAUUUUCAACCCUUCUGAUGGUGUUCAUAAAAUAACUUAUAACUCAAUCAUGAAAUGUGAUGUGGAAAUUAGGAGAGAUCUGUUUGCCAACAUUGUGUUGUCUGGUGGUUCAACAAUGUUUCCAGGUUUUGUUGAGCGUAUGAAAAAGGAAAUCAGUGCCUUGGCACCACCUAACACAGAAGUUAAUAUCAUUGCUCUACCAGAACGUGAAUACUCUCCAUGGAUUGGGGGUUCUAGAUUGGCUAGUAGACCUCCCACUGAUGAUCUGUGGAUUACAAAAGGAGAAUAUAAAAAUUCUGACGCAUCUCAUGUCUGUAGGGAACAUAUACAUAAAAUGGAAAAUUUGAGACCUUAGUAUGUAUAUAUGGCACAAUGUGAUAGGCCAGAGCUGGAAGCUGAAUGUUUAACUUUCAGCCCUUCAAUGACAAUUAAUAAGAGAUAUUAAUGAAAUCCUACUAACCCUUUUAAUACUAACCCACCUGAGAGUAAACCCUGAUUAUAUGAUAAAAGCUGCCUGUUUUAAAGUGAUUUCAAUUAAAAUCUUCCAUGAAAUAUUUGCGUUAAUGUAUGUUUGAAAUGCCAGUUUCAUAACGACAAAGUUAUUUUGACUAAAUUCUUCAUAAUUUUUGUAUCUUAAAAGAAAUCUGGUAACAAAUGGAUUUAAUUAGUACUAACAUAUUUUGUUAGCAAUAUUCCUCUCUGGAACCUAUUUUCAGUAUUAUAAGUUUGUUAUUAAUGGUAAGAUAAUGUUGUUCUAAACUGCCAUGUAACCAUAAAAUUUGAGUAAAAUGUUGAUUUUUGUGUGAUCUGAACUUUAAUAAAGAA